AUGCAGACCACCUGGCUGGCUUGCUGUUACUCUCCUCCAGUGCGCCAUCGGCCAGCCCCCCUUGACACCUCCGCCCUUUCCCUCACUCCCCUUUCCGCCCAUUUUCCCCCUAUCAUCCCCCUAUCAUCCCACAUACUGCACCACAGGGCUGCUCUCAGCCGUGCAAACCACCUGGCUGGCCGCUACUCUCCUCCAGUGCGCCAUCGGCCGGCCUCGCCCCAGCUUCCUCACAGCCUGCUUGCAAGGCACCCAACCAGUGUGGUGGUCUCCCCGUCAGCGAGUGUCACCUGUGUGCCACCGCCCACCGACCUUUACUAUUUCCGCAAGAGCUUCCCCUCCGCCCAUGCAGCAGUCAGCUUUUCAGCAGCAGUCUUCCUCCUCCUCUUCCUCUCCCGAACCAUCCAGCGAUCAUUUCCCCAGCGGCCCUCUCCCCUUGAUUCACCCAGCCACCGCCCCUCCCAUCGUCACAAUCACUCACCCCAGCACCGCACUCAAUCACACCAGGAAUGCAAUCAACCCCUCCAGCAUCCCCAUCAAUCACACCAAUCCCCAGAGCACCCAAAUGCCAACGCAACAUCCUCCCCUCACAAUCUUUUGGUGAUCGCUACACCCUCCCCUCACAGCAACUUUACUGCCACCCGCCUACGGGACUCCCUCCGCGCAAGCCACCUCUGGCGCGUGCCGGCUGUCGCGUGGCCAUUGGCCCUCGCGGCUGGUGCGGGGCUCGCUGACCUGGACACGUACAGCAACGCGCCGGGAGACAUCCUAGCUGGCGUGGCUCUAGGAACCCUCGUGGCAUUCAUUGCUUACUGGAGGUUCUUUUCACCCACUCGUUGUGGCUCUGAGUCGGGGAUAUCCCCAUGGCUGGGCUUCGAGCUACUCAGGGACGGCGGCUCGCCUCCACGUGAACCUCCCUCAGCUGACACCCGUCUUGAAGUUUUGGUGACUGCUGCCUCUGCUGCUACAGCACCUGCUACAGCAGCUGAGACAGCGUUUGCUACUGUGCCUGUUACAGUAGGUGUAGCAGCAGCAGGCAGGGGCACAGCAGGGGCCACAGGAGAUGCAAAAGCGGAUGAUUCGGGUGGGAAGGAAGGCUAA